CCAGGCGCCACCCUCCUAUUUGCAGGAAGGCGGGCAUUUACUCCGUAUCUGAGAAGCUAAGAUUGGAAACUUCCUGUUGGGAAAUUUUGAUGCCUUGUCCAGACUGGGAACCCUUUGAAAACACCCUUCAAUGAGAAAGGAAAACUCUCCAAAAGAAAAUGGAAUGCGCGAAUCUGGCUAAACCCUAGCAUAUCCUUGUAGCUCCUCAAGUGUGGACAUUCUUGGUGCACGAAAGUGCAGCCUCAAGAUGGCUGAUGGCAACGAGGAUCUGCGGGCGGAUGACUUGCCAGGGCCAGCUUUUGAGAGCUAUGAGUCCAUGGAGCUCGCCUGCCCAGCCGAGCGCAGCGGCCACGUAGCCGUCAGCGACGGGCGCCACAUGUUCGUCUGGGGCGGCUACAAGAGUAAUCAAGUCAGAGGAUUAUAUGACUUUUAUCUGCCUAGAGAAGAACUAUGGAUCUACAACAUGGAGACUGGAAGAUGGAAAAAAAUAAAUACUGAAGGUGAUGUUCCUCCUUCUAUGUCAGGAAGCUGUGCUGUGUGUGUAGACAGGGUCCUGUACUUGUUUGGAGGACACCAUUCAAGAGGCAAUACAAAUAAGUUCUACAUGCUGGAUUCAAGGUCUACAGAUAGAGUGUUACAGUGGGAAAGAAUUGAUUGCCAAGGAAUUCCUCCAUCAUCAAAGGACAAACUUGGUGUCUGGGUAUAUAAAAACAAGCUAAUAUUUUUUGGAGGGUAUGGCUAUUUACCUGAAGAUAAAGUAUUGGGAACUUUUGAAUUUGAUGAAACAUCUUUUUGGAAUUCAAGUCAUCCAAGAGGAUGGAAUGAUCAUGUACAUAUUUUAGACACUGAAACAUUUACCUGGAGCCAGCCUCUAACUACUGGUAAAGCACCUUCACCUCGUGCUGCCCAUGCCUGUGCAACUGUUGGAAACAAAGGUUUUGUUUUUGGAGGCAGAUACCGAGAUGCUAGAAUGAAUGAUCUUCACUAUCUUAAUCUGGAUACAUGGGAGUGGAAUGAAUUAAUUCCACAAGGUAUAUGCCCUGUCGGCCGAUCCUGGCACUCACUAACACCAGUUUCUUCAGAUCAUCUUUUUCUCUUUGGAGGAUUUACCACUGAAAAACAGCCACUAAGUGAUGCCUGGACUUACUGCAUCAGUAAAAAUGAAUGGAUACAGUUUAAUCAUCCCUAUACUGAAAAACCAAGGCUAUGGCAUACAGCUUGUGCUAGUGAUGAAGGAGAAGUGAUUGUUUUUGGUGGGUGUGCCAACAACCUGCUGGUUCAUCACAGAGCUGCACACAGUAAUGAAAUACUUAUAUUUUCAGUUCAACCAAAAUCUCUUGUACGGCUAAGCUUAGAAGCAGUCAUUUGCUUUAAAGAAAUGUUAGCCAACUCGUGGAACUGCCUUCCAAAACACUUACUUCACAGUGUUAAUCAGAGGUUUGGUAGUAACAACACUUCUGGAUCUUAAGGCGUCAUAGAUAAUGCCUCAGAUCUCCUUGCAUGGACAACAAUCCUGUAAUCAUCACAGAGUGGCAUCAUUUGUAUAAUUAUAUGCAUUGUUGUAGUUUGCAGCUUUUUGAUUUUAAUGUGCAUGUGAAUGGCCUAGAGAACCUAUUUUUGUGUCAAAGUUUACAAUAAAUGUAUUUAACACCAGUAACUUUCCUCUAUUAAAGCAAAAAAAAGUAACACUUAGGCUUUUUACCCCAAAGAAUGGUUAUUACAUUUCCUUUUGUUAACUUCAGGAUAUAUCUAUAGAAACGUACUAAAUAAUCUUACCAUUAUCAAAAUGGUAGUUUUUUUUUUUAAAGAAAACAUUGGAAUUUUAGUUUUUCUUUAAAUAGCAAGAACAGUCCAUAAUUUUAUAGACUAGCAUCAUAAAUACAAUAAAAUGGUUUUUUUUAACAUUAAUUUCAAAAGGAAAACUAUUCUCAAUAGAGACUAAAAAUUGUUAGAGGGACCAACAGCUAUUCAAUACUUGACCUUAACACUUUGGUGCAGGGGCUGGGGCAAGAAAGUGGUUGAAGAUAGACAGAUGUUGUCCAAUCAAUUAAAAAAGUAUAUUUUAUAGCUCAUAAAUGAAUGGAAAUAAUGUAUGACUUUAUUCUCCAUUCUGAUAGGAGACAGARGAAGAAAGCUGGGUCAGGAAUCUUUAGUGGUAAGCCUAAAGUGCACUUCUGAUAUUAUAGGUUGAUAUUCUAUUACAUGCUAUUGAUAACUACUAGACAUGGAAAAGAAAAUGGUACAGAACUGAAUGAGAUUACAAGGAAGAAAUUAAGAUGAAAAAUGAAGAUGUAUAAAUGCAUUGAAAUGAUCAAUACCAGUUUCUUUUAGGUGUUAUUUCUCAAGCUCUGAGUCAUAAGAAUUAGUAUUUUUUACAUCUGCUCUACUAUAUUUUUUGACAAGGUUUUCAAGACACAAUACUAAAUGUUUAAUCGCCCCCAUUCCCACAACAAAAAACCCUUAUGAUUGGCCUGUUUCUCUAUAUAUACACGCAAAUACAUAUGUAUAUAUAUAUACAGGUGUGUAUAUAUAUGUUAGAUGUUAUAUACAGUAGAUUACCAAGUCAGUAGUUUAAGCAACUGAGCCACACUUCAAUGUUCAAUUUCUUUACAUCAUGAAAUGAAUACUGAAUAUUAACCUCCCAAACUUCAAGAUAAUGUUGGAGAAUAACUACAGAUGAAUAUAAUUAGCAUUUAACUUUUCACAAAUAUUUUAGGAAAUCCUAUCAGACAGUGUUUCCUCUAUAUAAAA